AUGAAUCCCCAAUUGUACCUUUGUGCCAGUGUUUUUAGCACUCGUGGCGACUCAGAGAGGGUUUCUCGUGUUUUAAGAGCUAUUAGGUCUGACCAUGACGAUGAUAAGAUUGCGAUUUUAAAGUUAAUAAGUGUAUUGUGGCCUGAAAUGGAUGAUCCCAUGAAACUCGCUUUUGUAUGGGAUGCUAGUGAAAGCAAUGGUACGGAUGACGAGAAUGAUUUGCUUAUUUCGUUGAUUCAAGAAGACACACUACUGACGGCAAUUGUAGAAAUGGAUAUUGACACUAUUACGAUCCGGAUGAACACCGUGUCAAGCUUUAUUGAAGAGAAGCUAGGUAAGUUUGGUUUAGAGUUUGGAUCAGAUAGCAUGAUGGAAGAUUUCCUUAGAGCUCGUACGUUGGUGGUCAACUCUGUCAAUAAGGAUGCACUAUGCACAGUUGAUUUACUUCAACAAUCACAUAAGGAUUCCUUAAAAAGCUGGAUUGAGGGAACUUUGAAACCUUUAGCACAUUUGAAUCGGAGGUUGGAUCCUGGUUCCAAACUCUCCAUAUAUGAACUUGAAAGUUUGAGUAUCCAAGACGUUGUGGCUACGAUGUGGGACUUGCCCGUUAAGGAACCUAGUGUCGUCAGAUCAAUGAUGCUAUAUGAACUGAAACCAUAUUUAGAAGAGAGAAAAACAUAUGAACCAUUUUAUCAAGUGAUAUUCAAUGAGGCUAACUUCCCACUAGACACAUUUGACAACUUUCAAAUUUUUAAGUUUUUGUCUAACAAUCCACUUAUAGAUGAUACCAAGUUUAAAACAACUAAAUGGGAAAUUAUUUACAACCACUGUAUUAACUUAAGAAAUAUUCCAUUGCCUAACAUGUUAUUUGAACUCGAGUCCAUUAUUAAAUCAUUCGGAGAUGAUUCACAAAUUUACAGUGGAAUGUCGUUAAAGCAAUGGCUAAUUAACAUUAGGUUUAUGAAUGCAAUGGACAUUAAAGAUUUAAAGUCUUUGAAGCAACUGAAAAAUGAGGAUAGUUUAGCACAGGCAUCUUACUUUUCUAUGAUUGCUCAGAAUAUGUUUCAAGGUAGAAUUGGAAUUGAAACAGUGCAAAGUAUUCUCGAGUUCAUUGAUUCAUCGAUCCUUUUCGAUAAACUAUCAGUAGAUGUACAAACGUCUAUUGUUUUAGAAACUUUACUAAAGCAUGGAAAUUUUGAUGUCUUAGAACAAUUCGCCUCUUCCUCUGGCAUCAAAAUAGCUGAUAGAGUUAUUAUCCAACAUUUUUGGAGAUUCUUCAAUGCGGCUUCAAGUGCUUCGCGCUCUGAUAUCAAUUUAAAGAAUGCAGGUAGAACUCUCAACUUACUAAAUGACAAAAAUGCAAAUUCUAAUCUCUUUGAUAUUCUAGCUCUAGUAAACCGAUUGUCGCACUAUUCUCUAAGUUUCAAAAGGGGAGUUCCGUUCAGACCGGUUCAUUUGCUAGAGUUUAAGUCUAAUCCAAUGGAAAUUAUCGAAAAACUAUUAGAUUUGAAUCCUAAGCUCAGAAAAGAUAUAGAUACGACAUUUGCCUUGCUACAAGAAAUAUAUGGUGUGCUGAAGAUAAAGCCCUCAGAUGAUAAUUUUACAAAAGAGUUUUCGAAACUUCUUGCAGAACAUAUUAAUAACUCAUUAGCAAACGGUGAUUUUAAUUUUGCAUUUGACCAAGCACUUAAAUUGGUUGAUAGACCAGGUGCUUCAGAUCAUUGGGUCACUAUUUUCCAGGUCGGAAAGUAUAUAGAUCCUAACUGGAUUGAUGGUGAAACACCCACAGAGAUAAUAUAUUUGCAAUUAGGAAUACUUUCCAAAUUGUUGCAUGUCUGUCCAGAAAAGGAGUACGAGGUUAUAGUUUCACAAUGGUCAAGCUUAGAACUGGAGUUGUCCACCAGAAACCUGAUUUCUGAUAAGUAUUCUUUGGAAAACUAUCAAAGGUCUAAUGAUAACUUUAUGAAUGACGUCUCAACAAAUGUUGGAAACUUUUUAUCUGGUAAAUUCCAAUGGAAUCUAGGAAGCAGUUAA